GAUUGCUCAGUUUUGGAUUAGCCCACUUUUAUGAUUAUGGUGUGAUGGUAGCGCUGACAGUGGGCCAAGGGAUUCUAGCAUCUCUGGUGGAUGUGUGCCGUCCUAUUAUCGUGCAUGAACUGUGUGGUCACGCUAUGUAUUCCUCGGCUUUGUCUUUCCUCUUUGGAAUUUCCGGCGUGGCCGAUAUAUGCAGCGGACCCGUGAAUGGCGCCAUCAGAGACAUAACGGGAGACUACAUCGUGAUGUUUUAUGUGGCUGGUAGUGUAGCGCUGUUUAUGGGGGUCAUCUUCCUGCUUCUGGAACUCUGGGUGCGACGAGGAAGGUCUUCGUUGAAGGAUGCACAUGUUUCGCAAGAAACUGUGGACACUAAAUUGUGACUGUCACAUUAUACAACAUGUCGUCCUUGUCAUCCAAACUCAAAGGCAUAUAUUGCAUAAUACAUAUUUACAAUUUCCUGUAAAUAUUUCAUGGCUGACCGUGCUGCUCGUGUUAAAGCACCUACAGCAGAAAUUCUUUUAAUUUCGUAUUGAAUUUCGUGUGACUGUUUCAGUUUUGUCGUAAACAUUGAUUCUGUCACCUUUUGUACAUGAAAAAAAUGA